GCGGUGGACGUGUUAUACUUGGACAGAGGGGUGGUGGUGGACGUGGUAUACUUAGACAGAGGGGCGGCGGUGGACGUGGAGGUGGACGUGGUAUACUUGGACAGAGGGGUGGCGGUGGACGUGGUAUACUUGGACAGAGAGGUGGCGGUGGACGUGGUAUACUUGGACAGAGGGGUGGCGCGUGGACGUGGUAUACUUGGACAGGGGGGUGGCGGUGGACGUGGUAUACUUGGACAGAGGGGUGGCGGUGGACGUGGUAUACUUGGACAGAGGGGUGGCGGUGGACGUGGUAUACUUGGACAGAGGGGUGGCGGUGGACGUGGUAUACUUGGACAGAGGGGUGGCGGUGGACGUGGUAUACUUGGACAGAGGGGUGGCGGUGGAUGUGGUAUACUUGGACAG